ACUUGCAAAACGAAUCGAAACACAGCUAGGAAGAAAGAUAGAAAGAAGGCGAAAGCAACAAAAUCAAACAACGAGCUCGUGUUGUUGAACGUAUUUAACGUUUUUGCUUAAAUUGUGUGUAACACAACUUAAUUUAGCGCAGCACUCGAGCACAAGCAAUCUUGAUGCAAUGAGCGGCAUUAAAACAAGCGAGGAGGCAAAGAUGUCGACAACGACAACGUCGUCAACAAUAACGGCAUCGACAAGUACAGCGGGCGGCGAGGCGGCUGCGGAUACGGUUACAGCAGACGCCGCUGCCUUAGAGGCCGAAGAACGCGCCGAGCUGCAGCAAUUUAUUGGCGAACUGCAGGAGAAGAUCGAAUGCAAACGCCAGCUGCGACAACAAAACUCCAACUUCGAGCUUCCCGGCGACACGUAUUUCGCUCGCCUUGACUCCAGUCUUAAAAAGAAUACGGCUUUUGUGAAGAAACUGAAACUGUUUACUGCCACGCAGCUGGAUACGCUGCUGCGUGAACUCUCUGCCCUCAAUUUGAGCAAAUAUAUUUCGGAAAUAUGCGCUGCUCUCGCCGAGGCCAAACUCAAAAUGACCGAUGUGCCUGCCGUGGUCACGUUGGCCUCUAAACUGCAUUGCACCUACGCCGACUUCGAUGCUCACUUUCUGGAGGCGUGGCAAAAGGCGCUUAAUGUUAAGGCCAGCGAGAAGAUCAGCAAUCCCAGCAAGUUGCGUGUGGACUUGCGCCUCUUUGCUGAGCUCGUCAGCUCCGGUGUCAUCCAAAUGAAACCGGGAUUGGCUCAGCUGGGCAUGGUGUUAGUGCAAUUGAUUGCCCAAGACAAGGAUGAUCACAGCAAUUUCUCUAUUAUAUUAUCGUUCUGUCGACACUGCGGCGAAGAGUAUGCAGGCCUCGUGCCACAGAAGAUGCAACAGUUGGCCAGCAAAUAUGCACUAGAAAUGCCUAAGUCGGAUUUCCUCAGCGCCGACAAGCAGCUCAACUUGCGCACCAUGCUCAAGGGCUACUUCAAGGCGCUGUGCAAGCAUGUGCUUGCCGAGCAGGCGGCGCUGAUGAACAUGACCAAGAACAUUCGACGCACCAUGGAGUGCAAGGGCGAGAUUAGCCAGGAGAAGCGUGAGAAAUGCGAGCUGAUGCAGGCCAGCUUCGAUAAGUUGCUCGCCUCUGCGCAAUCGCUAUCGGAGCUGCUUGGCGAACCGUUGCCAGAGUUGACUAAAGAAUCGGAAUGCUGUAAUCCGGGCACGGUCAUCGACAACAUGCUCGAUAGCGCCGCCUUCGGCACGCUGGAUCCAUGGGGCGAUGAGGAGGCGCGUGCCUUCUACACCGAUUUGCCUGACUUACGGCAAUUUCUGCCCAACUUUUCGGCACCCAAAGUGGAUCUAGAGACGCUUGAGGAACCCAGCGAACUUACCGAGGAGGCCAUCGAUGCCAAUAUCGAUGCAGAUCUCGACAUGGAUGAUCCGCCGUCGGCAGCCAGCGAUACGGCGCUCGACAAGGAUCCCACGGAUGAGCAGUCCAUGUCCUCAGCUACUACCAAUGCGGAGGCAGCCCCGAUAGCACCCGCAUGCUGUUCAUUGCUGCCCAGCGAUAAGAAAAUGAGCAGUGCACUCAUGGAAUUGGGUCGCCAGCAACAACAGCAGCAGCAGGAUCAGCAACCAAACAACCAAACGGCACAGGCACAAUCACAAUCGCAGCAGCUGCGCAAACAAUUCGACGUCUUCCUACAGAACCUUUUCAACUGCGUCAACAAGGAACUUAUCGACUCGGCCGCCAUUGAGUUCCUGCUCAACUACAAUACGAAACAUCAGCGCAAGAAACUCACCCGCAUCAUAUUCAAUGUGCAGCGCACACGCCUCGACAUCUUGCCGUAUCUAUCGCGCUUUGUGGCCAUUGUGCACAUGUGCAACACCGAUGUGGCCGCCGAUCUGCUGGAGCUGCUGCGCAAAGAGUUUAAGUGGCACAUUCGCAAGAAGAAUCAAUUGAACAUCGAGUCAAAACUAAAGAUUGUCCGCUUCAUUGGCGAGCUUGUGAAGUUCGGUUUGUUCCGCAAGUCCGAUGCUUUGGGCUGCCUCAAGAUGCUGUUGCGCGACUUCAUUCAUCAUCACAUCGAGAUGGCGUGCGCCUUUGUCGAGGUGAGCGGCGUCUAUCUCUACAAUUGCCGCGACUCGCGGCUGCUGAUGAAUGUCUUUCUCGAUCAAAUGCUGCGCAUGAAGACCGCCACAGCGAUGGACUCGCGGCAUGCCGCGCAAAUUGAGAGCGUCUACUAUCUGGUGAAGCCGCCCGAGUCUGCGAAGCGGGAGGCAACGCCGCGUCCCACGAUUCACGAGUACAUACGUCACCUGAUCUUCGAGGAGCUGUGCAAGCAAAAUGUCGAGCGUUGCAUUAAAAUGCUACGUCGCAUCAAUUGGCACGAUACCGAGAUCAGUAGCUAUGCCAUCAAAUGUCUGAGUAAAGCAUAUUUACUGCGCUUCCCCCUCAUUCGAUGUCUGGCCGACCUGGUGUCCGGUCUCAGCUCGUAUCAGCCCCGGGCGGUGACCAUUGUGAUUGACAAUGUGUUUGAAGAUAUACGCGCUGGCUUAGAAAUUCAUUCACCAAAAAUGUCCCAGCGCCGAAUUGCAAUGGCCAAAUAUUUGGGCGAGAUGUACAACUACAAACUGGUUGAGUCGACGCACAUACUCAACACACUCUAUUCGAUCAUCUCGCUAGGAGCGAGCAUGGAUCAGAGCAUCAUCUCCCCGUUGGAUCCGCCCGAAAGUCUCUUCCGUCUCAAGUUGGCCUGCAUGCUACUCGACACCUGUGGCCCUUAUUUCACCAGCCAGGUGACUCGCAAAAAAUUGGACUACUUUCUGGUGUUCUUCCAGCACUACUAUUGGUUUAAAAAAUCGCAUCCGGUGUUCAGUCAGUCGGAGAACACUUCGGACCUAUUUCCCAUACUGGUGGAUCAUACCUACCGCGACUGUUUGGCUGGUGUGCGACCCAAGCUAAAGUUGUACAAGAGCUUGGAACAGGCCAAAGAGGCAAUUGAUCAGCUGCAAGAGCAACUGUAUCCACAACUCAAGGCAAAUAACAAUGCGCAGGAUGCCAAUUUGGCAACCAUUAGUGAGAUCAGCGAAAUAGAUGAAUGUGUGACCGACGAUUCAGGCUCGUCAAAUGAUCAGCAGCGUGAGCGUCAAGCAGCUGGUGGCUCUGAAGCGGAUCAAAUAAACGAUUGGACCGAAUAUGAAGCUGAACCAGCGCUGCCUCCGCCACCACCUGAGAAGUCCAAAGAGGAUCUGGAGUUUGAGCAAAUGUACGAAAAAAUGACGAGCGAUUCGUAUCAGGAGCGCCUCAAGGAGCCGCCGCUAAAGGCCACCAACAAGGACAUACCGGUGCCCAUGAUGGCGCGGCGUCAAAAGAAAUCCUACGAUCAAAUCCAGGGCAAUCAAACGCCACAGAUCUCAAAGGCAGCUACCGCUGUCGUUUCCACAGCUGGCACAGCAGCUGCCGAUGCCGAUGACAGUUUACCCGUCUCGUGCAGCGAAUCAACUCCCGUCGAGGGCGGCAAGAGUAGUGGCAGCAGCCAUAGCAACAACAACAGCGGCGCCGUGCCGUUUGUGCUGAUGAUGCGCGGCAAUAAAGGUGGCAAGCAGCAGUUUAAAACAUUUGUGGCGCCCUCCGACUCACAGCUGGCCAUCAAUCUGAAGCUGCAGGAGCAGAAAACGCGUGAGGAGAAGGAAAAGGUCAAGCGGCUGACGCUCAACAUAACUGAACGCAUCGAAAUGGAAGACUAUCAGGAAUCACUGCAACCGCUCCAGCAGCGCAGCUUUACGCAAAGCUAUUACCAGAAGCCCAACAAGCACAAGUUCAAGCAUCAAAAGGGCGCACCCGAUGCGGAUUUAAUAUUCCACUAAAAAACAAACGCAAAUGAGACCUGGUUGCAAACACGUUAAUAAAGCAAACGCGCCGUCCCAGCUCCAGUUCCAGGUGCAGUUAAACGACGAGAACAGCUCAAGAUCUGUCAUGGUAGAUGAUGUGCUGUCUACAAAGGCUAGCUAUAUCUUUGUUAUUGUGUGGAGACGUACUUAACUGACUAGUGUCUUUUCCUAACCUCACAUCACCUCACCUGACCUGACCUCCCUGGCCUCACCUGAUCUUACCACUUUUGCCCUGGUCUCCUCUUGGUUGUUUCCCAUGGCGAUGUGCGCGCAUACGAAUGUGUUGUUGAGCAUAUAAUACGUGUUAUCUCGUUAUCGAUUGAUAUAUAUGUAUAUACAUAGAUUGAUAUAUAUGUGUACAUAGAGCUAUAAAGAUUUUUAGAUUUAUGUAUAUAUCAGCGCUCCCGGACAUGUUUCCAAAACAACAUAUUGAUUGUUUUUUAUUCAAUAAAAACAAAGAAUAAUACAAUGCGAAUCGCGAUUUUCUCAUUCAUUUAUGUUGCUCCUAUCUAAAAAAACGACGUAAAAUUAUAAAACAAAAUCAAAUUUAUUUUGCUUAUAAGAUAGUUUUACUACCCUAGAAUACAGCAAAAAAAAUAUGCGAAAUAAAACUUUUAACCUUAAUUUCGAAUUUAGUGGGAAGACCGUCAAAUGUAAUUAAAUGUCAUAUCAAAACGUUCUACUCGUUUUACUCGAAACACGGUUUUUCAAAUUGGUACGCAGCAUUUGAAAUUUCGACCAUAUUCUUAGGUCGUGAAUACGCAGAAAAUACGGAUCGUACGGAAUUUGUUUUAAAUUGAUUGGGCGAUUUUUAGUUUGCAGAAGACUGGACAAAUUUGUUGUGAAAUUUUGAAAAGUCAAAAUUCAAACGUUCACCAAAAUCAAUAUUUACAAAAAUCCCUAAGACAUUAUGUAAAUGUGCCGAUUUAAAGGUUUUUUGUUUUCCGUCAAUAGGUUCAAAAUCACUUGUUUCCCCUUGUGCUGUGUGCCACGGAGGCCUUUCAACCAAACACGACUCAGUGCGCGGCUCAUACUUUUUACUUUUAAAUAUGUAUAUGUUUCACAACAUACCUAAAUUCCUUCUAUCACAAAAAUGCUUCAAAAACAUGGGUUACAGUGUUUUUACUUCUUAUGCCAUUCGAAUAUUACCAACAAAAAUAUCGAAUUUUUGUAUAUAACAUAAAUUAUUUGAUUAGUACCUGAAGGUACUCUUGGGUAUUAGAGUGUUUAUUGUUGGAUUGUUGUGGAACAGAAGAAUGAAUAAUUCAGUUAUAUUUUUUUUGUUUUUAUUUUUAUUUCACUAAACAUUAGCAUUAAACAAUUUUGUUGUUUUGUAAUUUCCAUGUUAAGUUUCGUUAAAAUUGCUUUUGCAUAUUAAUUUCUAAACAAUUAUUUAGCUUUUUGUUUUUCUUUUGGUAUUAUACAAUGAACUCUAUUUUUGUUAAUCAGUAAUCAGUACAAA